AUGGAAAAGUUUUCUUGGCGUUGUAUGCGUAUAGUUAAAUGGAAAAAAAAUGUGCUGAAAAGAAAAUUUAGUAUAUAUUCAAACACACAAAAAAACUAUAAUAAUAAUGUAAAUCCUAUAUUUAACAAAAAUAUAAAACACUUUUCAGAUACACAUAUAUAUAGUGAUAUAGAUCCUAAUAGUAGGCAUGUUAUUGAAAAAUAUAAAAAUUUGAUAAAAGAGGCGAAUAAAAAUCAAGAGGGGGUAGAAAAACCACAAAAGAAGGAAAGUAUUUUCCCUCAAAAUUUAGUGAAUAAAUAUAAAAAUCAAAAUAUUAACAAUGAACAAAACAAUUCAUUAUAUUCCCAAGAUAAGUCAAUUAAACAUGAUAAAAAUAGUAAUAAAACAAAUGAUAUAGAUAAAAUAAAAGAUAAUAACAAUAAUGUAAUUCCAAAUAAAGACGAAAAAUACAUAAUUUUAAAAAAACAAAUAACAAAAGAAUUCAUUCAUAAAGUAUUUUUACCACAUGUUGAAUCACAAAUAAUUUAUCAUAUAAAAACUUAUACCCCUGAUCAAAUUGUAAAUAUUUUUCACAUUUAUUCUUAUUUAUAUUAUUUUGAUAAAAAAAAAGAAAUAGUAGAUCAAUUGUUAGAAUACUUAAAAUACCGUUUAGAUUGUUUUAGUGUAAAUAAUAUAGUACUAGUAAUGGAGCCACUAUAUAUAUUAAAUAAAAUUAAUAAUAUAUAUAUAUAUAGAUUAAUUAUAAAUUAUAUUAAUAAAAUAUCAGAUAAAUUUAACUUAUAUAAUUAUAUUGGCAUUUCUAGAGUUUUUACAAAAAUUUUAAUUGAUUUAUAUGCUCAAGAAAAUACCACAACCAAUACAAAAAUAGUUUUAACAAAUUUAUUAAAAUAUAUAAAACAAUCAAAAUAUAGAAAAGAAUUACCUCUAAAUCAAAAAAAUAUAUCACAUAAAGAUUUUAUUAUUCAAUUUAUGAAUCAAAUAAUUGAUCGAAUUGAUAAUCAAUUACAUUUGUUAUCAGCCAUUGAGCUAACUGAUAUGUUAACAGUUAUAUCAAAUUAUUCGUUCAAAAAUGAUUAUUCGAAAUAUUAUAUUCCAAAAGAAUUAGCUCGAAAUAAUUCAGGAACAAUAGAAACUCAAAAUGACGAUGGAAAAUCCUCCACAAUAUUUAAUGAGUCUCAAACUCAUACAUUAACACAAAACAAUGCAUAUUUUUUUAAAGAAAAUGUUAUGUAUUUUAUUAUUAUAAAAGAAAUGAUAAAAAAAUAUGAUAAUUUAACUACUUUACAUAAAAUAACAAAUUUAUAUAGUUUGUCAAAAUUAUGUAUAUAUGAUGAAGAAUUUAUUCAGUUAAUUGAAAAAGACAUAAAUAAUUACCAUUAUAUAAAUAAUAUUCAUCAUAAAUAUUUAGCAUUAUUAGUUUGGUGUUUGUUUAAAUUUAAAAUUUUAAAUAGGCAUAUAGACAACUUAAAACCGAUAAUUCAACAAAACAUUUUUAAUUUUAAUGCCAAAGGCCUUUCAAGAUUAUGCCAUUCUAUUUCAUCCGAAAAAGAAGUAUUACACAAAAUAGCAAACAAUCUAAUUAAUAAUGUACCAAACAUGAGUAUUAACGAAUUUUUAUGUUACUUUUACUCAGUAGUUUAUCUUGACUUAUUGCCAUUUUAUGAUUUCCCUGGUGGAAAAAAUUAUGAACAGGGCAUAAAAAAAAAAACUCAUAGUAAUGACCAUCGAUCAAAAGUAAAUGCAAAUCGAGAUCUUGGCGAUAAAAAUAAAACUGGGACUAAUAAUAUGAUUAAUGAGCUACAACUUUUGAAAAAAAAUGAUAUAUUACAAAAGUGUAUUGGUUUCAUUAAUGAUAAUAAAAAAGAUUUAGGAAAAGAUGAAAUGACAAAAAUUGUUUUGCUUUUAAAGAAAAAAAAUCAAGGAAAGUAUCUAUAUGUAUUAGAUAUGUUACCAGAAGAAUGGAAAGGUAUUCUUCAUUUUAUAAACUAG